AAUGUAUAUUAGUCUUUCCUCUUAGAAUAAGACUUGGUGGACUCAUACUUCAUUGGUGCCAACUGAAACUCAUCAGAAGGUGUAGGAUGUUAUAAAUGGAGUGGGUAGUUUCUAAAAUAAGGCAACAUUGAUUUCCACAUAUUUGAGUUUGGAAGCAGUUAACAGGAUUCCUGUUGCUAAGAAAUUAGCUAUAUAUUUCAAAGCAGCAAUAGUUGGGGCUACAUUCUUUGGAUCAAGGUAUUGAGGAUUUAUAAUUAAAGAAUUGCAGCAGGGUCUUUUUAUUAAAGAAGCAUAUAAUCAGAAGUUAGCAAAUUAUUGGAUGGUGCACCAAUUUGGGAAAAUAAGUUUGAUGUACCUGAGUUGGAUAAGAAAUUCUUCUUCAUUGAUGACGAUAACAAUUUCGAACCUUCUUUAUGGCAUCACGGAAUGUAUGAUAUUAUUAAUUGUAAAAGCAAUUCCAUUGAGAAGCCAAAGGUAUUUUACAAGCAUGAGUGAU